AUGUGCCUGAAGCUCAAGGGUUUGGGAUUAAACUUUUUGAUAUUUUCUAUUAAGAAUUAUGCCAACAACGAAAUCGAAAUAAAUCCUGAAAAUUAUCCUGACCUGGAAGUGGAUGAAAUUUAGGGAUUGUUUCAUUUACCAGUAGAGGCUCAAAAGAAUAUGUUCUGUUAGGUGUUUAAGAGCUUAGAAUUGGAAGAUGAUUCAAAGAUUUUGGGAGAAUUACAUGUAAAAGGAGAGACUCUUGGGAUUUGGAGAACAAAGAAGUUAGAAUUGAAUUUAACUCAUAAAAAGCUGAUUGUGCCUAGAAAAGAAGGCAAUAUAGAAAUGUCAUUAUCAAAAUAUGGAAUAAUGUGGGUUGGUUAGAAGAAGAGCAAAAGUUUGCAUUAUUGCUUUAUUUUAAUUGCACACAAUCAAGCAAUAUAUGAUCAUUAUAAGCAAUUGAUUUUGGGAUCAGAUGAAGAAGACUACGCUAAGAAAUGGUUCAAUUUGUUGAGUGGAGUCUGUGACAGUAAGCCAAUCCAACCCAGAAGGAUGAGUGUUGAAUUCUCCAAACAAACAGUUUCCACUCCUCCUUUGAAUAAAUCAGAUUAAUUGGAUUUGAGCAAGAGUGACAAUUACAAUGAGAGUUGGCUCUUCUCCAAGCCUUCCAAUAAGGACAUGCAAAGAAUCUCAGAAUAGCCUGAAUCACCAGAUCCCUUGAAGAAGACUUAGUAAGAGACUUUUACUUGUUUCAAUUAAGAGGAGAAAUAAUAAUUCCAAGCAUUCACUCCGUUAAGUACAGGGGAAUUAGGCCCUAAAGUAUCGAAUCUUCCAACCUAUUUGAAUGAUAUGACUGUAGACAAAUUUAAGUAGGGAGAAUUUUAUAGAGUAGGAAAUAAUGUAUACAAAAGCGUAUCGAAGAAAGGAUUGUACUAAGUUCAAGUUGUUUUAGAACAUGAUAUUGAAGUGGUUAAACAUUUCCUGUAUGAGGGUUUUGGAUUUAAUAAGUUCAUAGUAAAUGAAUGGACAAUGUUUGAUUAUUAGGAUUACAAGGUUGUGGAUCAGAGUAGAGUCAAAUUAAUAUAUGGAUUCCAGAGGCAAUCAUAAUUGUAUAUCAUGAGAUACAAGGCAUCUGAUUGUGUCAUAGAGAAAUAACUCAAUUCUGAAAAUCCAAUCUAUUCAAUAGCCAAAUUUUUCAGAAAAUCAAUUUAAAAGUAUUCCUUUAGUGGAAUUUAGAGAAGAAACCAAAAUUAUUCAACUGAUUCGAUGCCUCAAUAAACAAUUAUUUAGAUCAUUUGUCAACUCGAAGAUGGAGCAUACUAUGAUGCUUCCAAUAUAGCCUUUAUGGAAUAGUAUCAUUGUUUGGGAGAUCAUAUUGAUUAUGUCAUAAAUUUUAGAGAUCUGCAUUUCGAAUAAUAACAAUAGCAAUCUACUAUGUCUUUAUCUAAUCACUCUGAGGAUUUUAUUACUGAAAAAUUCGAUCAAUCAUUAGAUUAGAAGAUACCAAACAAUCUCAUGGAUCUAUUGGAAUUUGUAUAAUAGAAUAAACAUUGGGAUGUCUGUUUGAAUAAUGAAUUUCAAUUGGAACCUAUUGAUGUAGAACCUAAAUACCUGAAAUCCACAUCAGAAGGGCAUUUCUUAUUGAAGAAUUAUUGGAAAGUGGAUUAAAAUUAAGGUGGUUUGCUCUAUGUUGAUUAGGUUGGAUUAAAGGAACAGAAGAAAGUGUUCUCGUACUUGCUGUCUCAAAUAGGAACAAACUUAGCAUCUGGAAAGUCAAUCAUGAGCAUUAGUUUACCCGUGUAUGUCUUUGAAAAAUAGAGUAAUCUUCAGAGAUACGCAAACUCACUUACUUACUUACAAUAUUUAGAUGAGGCUGUGUCAAAGGAUUAUCUAUUUCAAUUUAAGAACUUCUUGCCCUAUGGAUAUGGUACAAUCAUCUUAUAUUUGAAUAUGUGGAAACCAUUUAAUCCUAUCCUUGGAGAAACCUACUCAGGAUUCAUCAAUGGCUGUCCUAUUUAUGCAGAGUAAGUGUCACAUCAUCCACCAAUAAGCAAUUUAUUGAUUUACGGAAAAGGAUAUAGAGUGAAUCAUCGUCUAUGUACUAUUGCAAGUAUUUCAGCUAAUUCAGUUAGUGGCAUCAAUUAAGGAUAUACAAAAGUGUACUUUUAUGAAUCUAAAAAUGAACUCAUUUUCUUGCCUUGUUCUGGGCUCUAUACUGGGACAUUGUAUGGAGACAAACUGUUUUAGAUGGUGGGUAAAUUCCAUGUUAUCAAUUUGAAACACAGAUUAGUAGCAGAAAUUAAGUUGAAUCCUUAUCCAGGUUCAGUUUGGAAAAAGAGGAGAGAACAUUUGGAUGAUUAUUAUGAGGGUUGCAUCUAUGAGGUGAGUGAAGAGUUCGUUAGAAGGUUCCAAAGAGAUGGGUAUUUGAAAUUCAAAGAGUUGAGACAGAAUGAAAUUAUUAGGGAAAUUUCAAAAAUUAAUGGAGUGUGGCAUAAGAAUAUGUUUAUAGACAAUCAGGAAAUAUGGAAUAUUAAUACAGAACCUUAUGUAUUAGAAGAUGAAGAUCACCCCUUACCAUCGGAUUCUAACUUUAGAGAAGAUUUGAUUGCAUGGAAGACUGGAAAUUUUGAUUUAGCUAUGAAGAUGAAGACCAAAUUGGAGGAAGCACAAAGAGCUGAUGCUAAAUUAAGAAAAAAGCAUUGA